UGAGAGCAGAGUCGCGCAGACCUCGUCGGCCUUCCAUACCGUUCGCGUCGUCGCGAAAUACGCAGAUUUCUCUCGUGGACGGAGAGUCUUGACAACCAAGAAGAUCCGCGCGCGGACUAUUUUUGCCGGCCGCGUCAGCGUAAUUGCGUCUAUUUUUAUCCGCGUAUUUGUAUACGGUGAAAAAACUUUAGCGCAGAUGCUCGAGACGUCCGAGAUUCCGAGAUUCUUUCUCCAACACGAGUUUGAAGGUCGAAUAAAUACGAGAAAAAACGCGCGCAUUGUCGAGCGUGAUUGUGAAUCUCUCCCCGAUAAAAUCUGUUGUCAUAACAAUAGUCAGUCGCGAAUUGCAGGUGUAUUUUGUUUUUUUUCCGAGAAGGAAACACAUCACGACUGUCAUGUCGAAUAAGACGAGCAUAGAGAUUAAUUUAAUGCAUGUGCUCUCGUGCAAAACGCAGGAUGUUCCGUUCUUGCGUUACGUAAAAAUACCCAAAGUACUUCCUCCAAUAAUAUAUCUUUUUUUGAUGUGACUUCUUUAUGCGGACUUUGAAUGAUUAUAUAUGCUCCAAUAAGAGAUAACGCGAUAACACCGUUGAUUCAAAUAUAUUCGCAGAUUGAUCGUCUCCUUCCGUGCUACCGAGCAAUGAAUCAUUUAUACUUUAUUUUCUGUUAUCUAUAUUAGUGUUUAUCUGCUCUAAUUCGACUCUUCUUCUGCCUCUCUUUCCUGGCUGCAGAUUUCGCGUUAACGACGUUGUGCUAUGUGGGCAUGCAUUGAACGAUGAUUCAACUAUAUUGAUAACCUUUUGACUGAUGUCGUCAUUGUUGCUUGAAUUAAAAUCGUGCAUCAAUGACGCGCGAAGGUAGCACGACAUGGCACAAUGACGAAGUCGAAGACAAAGGAGAAGUCUUAUCAUCGUUCGAUUGAAUUCUGCCACGACUGCCACGAGAAUCGAAGAGCUCAAACGAACGCGAAGGAAAGCUAAUCGCGAUAAUGCGAUGAGACGACGAUAAGCUGCCGCAGGAUUUCGAGUGUCAAGUUCAAAGUCAUGUAUCGAUCAGCUGGAAUGAGGUCCCCGGUCCGUUGGCUGACUGCGGUCAUCGUCGUGAUCUUGGGAACGACAGAAACGACAACGAAUCUUGUUGGACCCAACGUAUGCCCCAAGCAAGAAACGUACACGAUAACGGUGAAGGUGUCCGAGCAGAAACCUUAUACCGUGCGAGAGAACACAUGGUGCUUCAGUUUCCCACCGAGAUGUUCCAAAUACAAAGUUGUCUACCGAACGGUUUAUAAGGAACAGGAACUGGUGAAGCAAAAACCCGUAGAUGAAUGCUGCAAAGGCUACACGCAAACCACGAACGGAGACCGUUGCAUUCCAGUCUGUUCCGAGGAUUGCCGUCAUGGUACUUGUAUCGCCCCUGAUAUUUGCAAAUGUGAAUCGGGAUAUGGUGGACCAUUGUGCGACUUCAAGUGCCCGUUCGGUAAAUGGGGCAGAGAUUGCGAGAUGGAUUGUAAGUGCCAGAACGGGGCGGCUUGCGACCCGUUUGACGGCAAGUGCAUGUGUACGAGAGGCUGGACCGGCGUAUACUGCGAUCAAAAGUGUCUUCCCAACCGGUACGGGCAGGAUUGCGCCGAGGAGUGCCGUUGCAAAAACGGUGGUAGGUGCCAUCACAUUUCUGGCGAGUGUCACUGUGCCUCUGGUUACACCGGACCACUAUGCGACGAGCUGUGUCCGGUAGGUAAGCACGGUGAAAAGUGCAAAUCGGAGUGCCGUUGUCAAAACGGCGGAAGCUGCAGCCCCGUAACUGGGGAAUGCUACUGUACCCCUGGCUGGACGGGUGCAGUCUGCGCGAAUCGAUGUCCGGAAGGUUUCUGGGGCAAGAACUGUUCUCAGAUUUGCGACUGUUAUAACGGUGCCGGUUGCCAUCACAUAACGGGCGAGUGCCAGUGCAAGCCGGGCUUUUACGAUGACAAAUGUCUGAAGACUUGUCCCGCGGGUACGUUUGGAUUGAACUGCACAAAUAAUUGUACCUGUGAAAACAGUGCCGUCUGCAAUCCUACUAACGGCACUUGCAUAUGUGGCCCGGGUUGGAUGGGCGAAAAAUGCGGUCAACGUGUUUGCAGCGGCGAUUUAUACGGACCCGAUUGCACAAAGAUCUGCGAAUGCGAGGACGACAACACUGAGCUGUGUCAUCCUUGGACCGGACAAUGUACCUGUAAGGUGGGAUGGGAUGGCGAGACCUGCGCCAGGCCGUGUCCCUUCUACAUGUACGGCAAGGGUUGUAAAAAUCGUUGCGACUAAAAUAAUGCGCAGUGUUCGCCCAUCGAUGGCACUUGCAUCUGCACGGCCGGAUUUCGCGGCAAGGAUUGCAGCGAGCUGUGUCCCGAAAACACCUUCGGAGAAGAUUGCGCGCAGACCUGUGCCUGCAAAAACGGAGCUACCUGCUCUCCCGAAAACGGACGCUGCAACUGUACAGCCGGAUGGGUCGGUGUACUGUGCGAUCGUCCAUGCGACGACAAGUCGUACGGCAAGGACUGCGAGAACAAAUGCAAGUGCUUUAACGAUGCAGCCUGCAAUCCGCAAAAUGGCACAUGCACGUGUGCGGCUGGUUUUACCGGCACGCUGUGCCAGGAUCGUUGUAAAAAGGGCUUCUUCGGGAACGGAUGCAAUCAAAUUUGUGAGUGUGCCGAGGAUAACACCGUGGAUUGUGACUCCACCACUGGCCGUUGCAACUGCAAGGCAGAUUGGCGAGGAGUUCGAUGCGAAACAAAAUGCCCGGAGGGUCUUUACGGCAAGGAUUGUCACACGCAUUGCGACUGCAUGAAUAAUAGUUCGUGUGAUCCCACAACCGGAAGUUGCGUCUGCGCCAGGGGUUGGCAGGGCCCCGAUUGCUCGCAACCCUGCAAAGAAGGAUUGUACGGGAUAGGAUGCAAAGAGAAGUGCCCGGAAAAGAUGAACGGAAAUAUGACUUGCGACCACGUGACCGGCGAGUAUGUUUGCCGUCCAGGAUAUCUGGGUCUGACUUGUGAGCAUCCGUGUCCUCCGAAUCGUUACGGGCUAAAUUGCGCGAAUCAUUGCCACUGUAAGAACGGCGGAGAAUGUCAUCACGUAACAGGUGUUUGCCAAUGCCGACCUGGCUGGCAAGGCGAAUAUUGUCAGACACCUUGCGCGGAUGGAACGUACGGCGUAAAUUGCACGCAGCAUUGCAAAUGUCAGAACGGCGGAAAGUGUCGAUCAAACGAUGGUCAUUGUCGAUGCGCCGCGGGAUGGACCGGAACUAGAUGUACCGAGAUUUGUCCUGAAGGAUAUUACGGUGAUCAUUGUAUGGAGCCUUGCGAAUGUAAAAAUGAUUUCUUCAUGUGCCAUCCAGCCGAGGGCUGCAUCUGCAGGCAUGGAUAUACAGGUGAGAACUGCGACGAACAAUUAUUCUCCCGCAAUGUUCAAGAAAAGGAAGAGGGAGGAUAUGGACAUAUUGUGGCGGUCGUAUUUGCGGCCAUCAUUGUGAUUGGCAUUUCAUUGACCGGGUGGAUGUACCAUCGUCGCAGAGUAGCCGAUCUCAAGAACGAGAUAGCUCAAGUACAAUAUAUAGCCGAGCCUGUACCUCCGCCAGACCGAAAUCAAUUCGACAAUCCUGUGUAUGCAUAUCAAGGUUCCUCAAAGUUCGAUGACGGCACUACUACUUUGCUAAACAACUUCCAAUUCCGAAAUAAUCUUCAUAAGAAUAUAAACACCGAGAAGGCUAAACUAGGUAGUUGCAUCGAUGACGAAGACGACUGCAAAGGAGCGUACGGACUGCAGUACGAUUUGAAAAACAGGGACGCUGAUAUGGGAAAUCCAAACUUGAAUGUGUAUCACAGCAUCGAUGAGAUGGACGGUAAGAAAGUUGAACAUGUUUAUGAUGAGAUCAAGCAGAACAACGAGUCGGAGUACGACGAAUUGAAUGAACCACGACCGGUAAGCUGGAAGCCAAGUCGUGUACUCAAUGGCUUCUUGUCGAAAUCGCGCGACAAUCCCGGACCUAGCACAUCGGUAGAUAAGGAUCCGGAAUUAGGAUAAAUCUAAGAUUCCCGCGCAACGUUCCUCACUCAACUGCCCAGGUUUGAAGUAGAAUGUUACAAAUGUCUUCAUUGUUUACUCAUAGGCUAUUUCCUUUGAGUAAACCUGUGGUAUUAUUUUCACUUCAAAAAAUUUCUUAUUGUUAGUCUCUAUAAAGAGAAAGAGAGAGGGAGAGAGUGAGUGA